AUGGGUCGACACGUUUGCUCGGAUAACUGCGAGCUGCAUAAGGUUUGUGUCGGAGAUGGAUGCGGGUGCCGUCGGCAGGACCGCCGGCCAACGGCCUGCUACGCAUGCAGGCUGGCAAAGACUGCCUGCCGACCAGCAGUGGGCGGAGGGGGAAUGUGUAAGCGUUGUCUCAAGAAGGGCAGCCUUCACCACUGCAACAGACGCGGUGGUGAGGGCAACCAAGGUGAGGGUGCGCCAGCCGGCCGUCGCGGCUCUCAAUAUCCGGUGGACUUUGGCCCCGAUGCCGGUGAGGCGCUACUGGCGGGCGGCAUGGCAGCACCCUCGCCAAUCAUCUUUCAACAACCGACGCCGCCGGAAUCAGUCCGGUCCGGCUCUAGUGAUCCGGCUCCCGUAUUGUUUCCGGGUCGCGUACCUCCACAUUUUCCUUCCGUUCCUGUUGCUCCGGCACCCGUCCCUUUUACUCCGGCAUUCGCCCCUUUCGCUCCGGCACCCAUCCCCGUUACUCCGGCACCUACUCCCGUUGUUCCGGUAUUCGCCCCUUUCCCUCCGGUACCCGCACCUAUUAUUCCGGCCCCCGCAUCCGUUAUUCCGGCACCCACCCCCAUUACUCCGGCAUUCGCUACUUUUGCCCCGGUACCCGCCCCAAACUGCAACUGCCUUUUGAGGUUGGCCCGGGCCAAAGAGGCGAUUAGUCAACAAUUGCCCGAGAAUAACCCAAUUCCUUUAGUCCCCGAUAUCCUUCAUGCCAAUUAUGAGGUAGUUAAUUCUCUAGCGCAGUUCGUCUCCUGUGACGAUUGCUACGGGCGCUAUAGGGGUAGCAGCCCGUAUAUUAUUGAAAUAUAUUCAGUAAUAACGAUUGGUGUGAAGGCGUUGGAGGAAGGUGUGUUGCUCGUCGCCUCGUUGUUAGCUCUCGGGGAGAAGCACAACACCCUGAGGGUGUUGACAUUUCUUGGAGCUUUCACGCGGCGAUGUGGCGGCUUCGGCCCUUGGGUGGAAGACCUCAAGGCCAAAAUUACCGAGUUAAGUGGUGCCAUUGAACAGGCACCACAACUAGCACUUCCGGAUGUGCUAGAGUUUCAGCAUUGAGCUCUAGCCUCCGUCUACGGCCACAUCAUCACCAUCAGCGUCUACUAAUGGCCCACUAGGUGGUUCCUUCCUCCAAAGGGAAACGAAACAGAAAAUGCGAUGUGAAAGUCCAGUCGCCAAACACAGGAAGGUGUCUGUGUGUGUGGAAGUCAAGUCUCUCUUAAAG